AUGUCGAUACUGUCCAAGCUAACUGAUCCGAGGAUCCGCGAGAAAGAGUGGAGGCUCAUCAUCACGAACCUGGUCCAGCUAUACAAGGAGAACAGGAAGCAUCCGUCCAGGCAUGUUGUCAUCUUCCUGGCCACGCUGCUGUCGUCUGGUGUUAUUGGCAUUGGCUACGUGCUGAACAAGGUGAUCACGGACUUCAAGGAUAAGAGGGAUUCGAGGCCGUUGUACAGAAGAUCGUCGUCGAUGCUGUUGAGCAAUGGUGCCAGGCAGUUGUUCAUUCCUUAUAGGAAUAGACAGAAGAGGGUCCUCAUCCAGCCCACGGAGCCUGAGGUGUUUGAAAGGGACAAGUUCAAGUUCAAGAACUUUGCUAAGAACAUGAAGAAGGACGGAGAUCGGAUGUUCAGCUCGAAAUUCCUGAAUCAGUUGAUGGUUGUGUGGCAGAUAUUGAUUCCAAGCUUCAAGGAUAGGAAUACGCUGUUGCUCGUGGCACAGUUCUUCUUUUUGAUCUUGAGAACGUGGCUGAGCUUGCUCAUUGCUAAGCUAGACGGUCAGAUCGUUAAGGAUAUCAUUGGUGGUAAGUUCAAGAACUUCAUGAGAGACUUGGUGUACUGGUUUCUGAUGGCUGUUCCUUCCUCAUACACCAACAGUAUUAUCAAAUACUUGGUGAAAACCAUUGCAAGUAACUUCAGAACGAACUUGAUGAGAUAUAUCCAUGACAUGUAUUUGGAUAGUAGAAUGGUCUAUUACAAGGUGAUGUUCAACAACCGUGCGGUGAAGGACAUUGAUAACUUCAUCACCAGAGACGUUGACAGGUUUGCAUCGUCCCUUGCUGCCUUAUUCUCCAACAUUGGUAAGCCAAUGAUGGACUUGGUAUUCUUUGCAGUUUAUCUCAGAGAUAACCUGGGUACAGCUGGUAUCACAGGUAUCUUUGUGAAUUAUUUCACCACGGCUUAUAUAUUGAAAUGCUUCACCCCUCCCUUUGGAAAAUUGAGCAAGGAGAAGUCCUCGUUAGAAGGUGAAUACUAUAAUGACCACUUGAACUUGAUCAACAACGGUGAAGAAAUUGCCUUCUAUAAUGGAACCAUGUUGGAGAAGAUCAAGAUCAACAAAGUGUACAACAACAUGAUGGACCACAUCUUCAAGAUCAACAGAAUUAAAGUACGCUAUACUUUCCUUGAAGAUUAUCUAUUGAAGUAUACUUGGUCCGCUUUAGGAUAUCUCUACAUCUCGAUUCCUAUUUUUUUGGCAUCUUUGCAAGAUGAUGUCAAAAGAAGUACAGAAGAUAGAAAUAUGCGCCAGUUCAUUGUGAAUAAGAGAUUGAUGCUUUCGAUGGCUGAUGCAGGUUCAAGAUUGAUGUACUCUCUCAAGGAUAUCUCCAAAUUGACAGGCUAUACCGACAGGGUGUUCACUUUGCUAACUGUUCUUCAUCAAGUUCAUGCUGCCGAGUUCAACUAUGGUGAUGAGUCCGACGUGAAUACGUUAAGAGGUACUGUACAAUACCAUUACAACGGUUUAAGAUUUGAGAAGAUCAAUGUUAUUAUCCCUUCAAAGAACGGUCAUGAUGGGAUUAAACUCAUCAAGGAAUUGGACUUCAGCUUGAAGAGUAAUCAAAGUAUUUUGAUCUUGGGUAUGAAUGGUUGUGGCAAGACAUCAAUUGAAAGAAUCAUUGCAGGAUUAUGGCCAUUGUAUGAUGGUUUACUUUCGAAGCCAAGUGAAGAUGAUGUCAUAUACCUACCUCAGAGACCUUACUUCAGUACAGGAACGCUAAGAGAUCAAAUAAUUUAUCCCCUUUCCUAUGCAGACAUGUUGGAUAGAGGUGUUACUGAUCUUGACUUGGUUCAAAUAUUGAGAGAGGUCAAGCUUGAAUACUUGUUGGAUCGUGAAUGUGGAUUGAGUUAUCUUGAUUCAGUUCAAGAAUGGAAAGACGUGUUGAGCGGUGGUGAAAAGCAAAGAGUACAGUUUGCAAGAAUCUUGUUCAAGAAUCCAAAGUUUGUCAUCUUGGAUGAGGCAACCAACGCAAUUAGUUCCGAUAUUGAGGCGUAUUUGUUUGAUUUGUUGAAACAGAAGAAGUUCGCCUUCAUCACGUUGUCUCAUCGUCCUUUGUUGAUUAAAUACCAUGAUUAUCUAUUGGAAAUUCAAGAGAAUGGUGAUUGGAUAUUUGAAACGAUGGGUUCUGACCAAGCCAUUACUUCUAUCGAAAAGGAGAUUAAACAGAUCGAAGAGAAACUUAAGGACGUUGCUAAGCUUGAAGGGCGCAAGCACACGUUAGAGUUGUUACUUGAUGGCCACGAGGUUAACGACACAAUUGUUACUGCUUCAAAGAUGCUUGAGUCUUCAGUAGAGGUUAUUCAGGAAAUUGAGACUGAACCCGCUACCAUUUCAAAUGCGACUUCGAAACCAUCAGCAAAGCCUUUGCCAAAGCCUUUGGCAAAACCUGGUGCCAAUCUUGGACGUCCUUCUCCUGUGAAUGUUUCAAAUACAACUACUACUUCUGGAGGAAGUCCAAGGCCUUCUAAGCCAUCGCCAAAGCCUUCAUUGAGUUCCUUAAAGAGAUCACCGUCUAUCAUUUCUAAUUCGUCUUCAAAAUCAUCAUCCUCUACAUCAUCAUCAAAACCACCAUCCAAGCCAGGCCGUGGGCUGAAGAAUACCCUGAAGAAGGCUGUAUCCAAGAAGCCACCAACGUCUAAGUGA